UGUUGAUUCGAACUGUAGGGAGCAGGUGAGGGAAGUCUUGAAGCCGGCCUGGGGGGACCCAGCAGCAGCGCCCCCCGGCCAGGCAGGGGGAAAUUUACGUUGACUGUUGGCACCUAAUCACUUACUGAUCUAACUGAGGCGAGAUACUUUUCUUUUUGAGAAACUGCUCCUUCCACUCCAUGCAGCUCUCCCCAUGCCCCAAGUGUGUGACUUGUGCCCUACGCAAUGUGUGUUUGUCAAACCAUGGAGGUGGGGAAGCAUGGCAAGAACGCAACCCACACAGGAGGCCGAGGGGUCCUGUUGGAGCCUUUCAUCCAUCAGGUGGGCGGCCACAGCAGCAUGAUGCGCUACGAUGACCACACUGUGUGCAAACCUCUCAUAACCAGAGAACAGCGCUUUUAUGAGUCUUUGCCUCCAGAAAUGAAGGAAUUCACACCUGAGUAUAAAGGUGUAGUGUCUGUCUGUUUUGAGGGCGACAGUGAUGGCUAUAUUAACCUGGUAGCAUAUCCAUAUGUGGAGAGUGAAGCCUUGGAGCAAGAUGAUACAGCAGAGAGGGACCAGCCACGUCGCAAACACUCUCGCAGGAGCCUCAACAAACCAGGCAGUGGUAGUGAGCACAAAGAGGAGAAAGCAGGGCUCACUUCUGAGACCUUGGAAAGCAACCAGGACACAAGGAGCCUCAGGAGCUUCCAUUCGGAUGUUCCAUUUCAGAUGCUGGAUGGGAAUAGUAGUGUGAGUUCCGAAAAGAUCAGCUUUAAUCCAUGGAGUUUGCGUUGCCACAAGCAACAACUGAGCCGCAUGCGCUCGGAGUCUAAGGAACGAAAGCUCUACAAAUUUCUUUUGUUGGAGAAUGUAGUGCAUCAUUUCAAAUUUCCCUGUGUGCUUGACUUGAAAAUGGGGACCAGACAACAUGGGGACGAUGCAUCUGAGGAGAAGGCUGCUCGGCAGAUGAAGAAAUGUGCACAGAGCACUUCAGCCACACUGGGAGUCCGAGUUUGUGGAAUGCAGGUAUAUCAGCUGAAUACUGGGCAUUAUUUGUGCAGGAACAAAUAUUAUGGCAGAGGUCUUUCCACUGAGGGUUUUCGCAGUGCCCUUUACCAGUACCUGCACAAUGGCAUAGAACUACGAAAGGACCUUUUUGAUCCCAUCCUCAGCAAAUUGCAAAGUCUAAAGGCUGUAUUGGAGAGGCAGGCCUCUUACAGGUUCUAUUCCAGCUCCUUGCUCAUUAUUUAUGAUGGGAAGGAUACCCGUUCUGAGACAUACAUGGAACGCAGAGCAGAGAUGCGCCUAAAACAAGUGGACCUCUCCCUCACAGACAACCUACAAGAUGUCAGCAGCACAGAAUCUCUCUCCUUCCAGCCCAAGGUGGAUGUACGUAUGAUUGACUUCGCACACAGCACAUUCAAAGGCUUUCGGGAUGACCCCACUGUACAUGAUGGCCCUGAUAUGGGAUAUGUGUUUGGACUAGAGAGCCUUAUCAACAUAAUAGGACAGAUGAGGGAUGAGAAUCAGUAGCCUUGGGCUGGACUCUUUAAUUUUCUUUCCCAAGGAUAGGAAUAGACAGGACCACUAUUGGUACAGAGAAAGUGGACUCUUCUGCUUUGAAAAUACAGUGUUGUUUCAAUGUAUUUGACAAAGGACUUGAUAUCCUGGAUGAUCCUGGCAAAAUGGUUCUCGGUUUUCACUAUCCAGCCUGAACUCUUUGUGGGGGAAAUCAAUUCAUGGGCCCCAGCAUUUGGCAUUUUGUCUGGGGCUUGGUGUUGUGUAUAGCCCUUGUGUAUAGCCCUAUGUCUUUCAAAAAUGUGGAAACUGAUCCCCACCCCCACCCCGGGAAAGAACAGAUGUUGGGAUUCCAAUAUUCCACUUCCUUGUCAAAUUUCCAGUGAGGCACAAUGGUUUGAACUUCUUUUGUUCAAAAUGGGCAUUCAUAUUCAAGCUUUUGGGGCUGAUCAAUGCACAUGAUUUACACAUGCCCUACACUGUCAUUUUUGCCCCUGAGCAGAUGUGAAAUACUCUUCUAGAGGGAACAGAUAAUACUUCAUUUAUUUUCUCCAACCUGGUCAUUACCAGAUCAUCCCAACUGGGGAAAUAAAUGACCAAAGGGAAACCAGUGCAAUGCUUUAAUAAUUUUGCUUUGCAUCAUUUUGAUGAAGCUUCCAUACCUCCCCAAUCUCCUGAAGUUAACUGAAAUGAUUGAUUCCAGGAAUACCUAAUCAGAUGUCCACAACAGUGUCUUGAUGUCUGUCUUCAUGGGACACUUAAGGUGGCUAAAGAUACUUAAAAUACUUUCUGGGAUUAAUGAUGUUUUAUCAGGCAUGAAUUCUUUCCUCUGGUAAACACAGUAGUCUCUUCUCCAGCCUCAGUCACACCCAGACCCUGUGAUGCUGAAUGGUCAUUUCCUUUUCCUUCCUUUCCUAACAGCCUUCCUGCCAAAAUGGUACUCUUCCAUGCAGCUUCCAUCCACAGUAGUGAAGCACUCGACAGGCAGUUGAUGAGAAGUUGGUGUUUUUGCUUUGAGAACUUACUCCCAUUGUGGAUGGAAGAACCUGUCUGGCUUUGAAUGAUGGCCUUCUGGUAAAGAGUACUACCACCUGUGCUUAUCUUCACCUCAGGGAGCUGGUGUUUGCUGGCAUUGUUCCUACAAGUAGUAAAUAGUUGAAUGCAACUAAACCACAUUUUGCCCCACAUAUGUCUGUGGGCUUCUGUUGCAUGGGGUGACAUGUCAAUAAUUUGUAAAAUUAAUCUUGACAAUAUUCUGAAUGGAGAGUCAUAAUCAAUUUGCAGCUCUUGAAAGCAAAGACAGCACCAAGAAGUGUUGUAUGAACCAUAGAGAGUGGUUGCUCUGGUUAAGGCUAGGCCUAGCAGAGAUAAAUGCACUACUAGACCUCUUGGAAAUGCACUUUGUGGGAUUUGCUACAAUGGGGAACUGAUGUCAUGUCAUUAAUAUUGAGGACAGCUGUCUUAAGACUCUACUGUGGAUGUUCUUAAGAAGGGCUAGUGUUUGACCUAAAACUCUCACGUCGAAUCUGUGCCUCCCUUUGGGUGUCUAUGGCCUUUAUAGAUUUACUUGCAAGCAUUUUUGGGAUUUUUUUCAUCAAGGAACUUCUGGUUGAACUUUUUUUAGUGCCAGUAAGGAUCUGCAGAAGCAAACCUUGCUGAUGCCAUUUUGAAAGGCAGGUGAGAGUGCCACCUUGGUGUAUUGACCAGUGCUAAUCUUAGAUCUUGCUUUUUUUUCACAAGGCAAAGACUUUUACACUAGGAAGAAAAUGAUGCACUUCUUCCAGCAGUACUCUUGAUUCCUGGAUCUUUAAAAAAGUAUUCUGUGAGUUACUUUUUGACAUUUUGAGAUUGUGGCAUCAUAAUAUCUGUGUUGUCCCAUUUUAGUUAAACAGCCCUUUUCAGAAUGUCUGUGAAAAUUUGAACAGUGGAAGGAAAUUUUAGCCCCUCAGCUGUAUCAACAAAAGUCGAUCUAGAAAGCCACUCUACAAAGCUUACUUCCUGUUGUAGUGAUUGCCUCAUUUUAAAACUAAUAUAUAUAAAGUACUUUUGGACCAUUCAGAUUUUUACACUGCAAGUUCUAGAGCUUGUAAAUAGCUUUUUUUUUCCUUUCCUGUUUCCAGGUUUUCAUAAGGCUAGUAAUUCUGUUUGCUCAAUACAAAAGUAAAAAGUAGUAAAGAUACGUUUUUGUCGGUAUUUUAGCAUUGUGGUUUGCUUUCAGACAGUGUAACUGCAGAGCACAGUUUUGUUCUACAGCAAUAAGCUUUCCAAAUUCAAAUCUUUAAUUUCAAGUUAAGCAAAAGGACAAUUAUGAUUGUUUUUUGGUGAGUACCUUGUAUGUUUGAAGAAUUUAUCUUUUACUGUUAAAGCAACCAAGCUCAGAAAUUACAGAUGGAAUUAGUUUGUCAGCUUGGGUCUUUAUUAGACACAUGCCCUUAAUUUGCCUCUUGCAGAGCUUAUGUAUGCGUGUGUACAUAUGCUUCUGGACAGUUUAUCAGCACUAGAGUAACGGGAGAGUACUGGCAAAACCGUGUAAGGAAAGAUUUAUAGGAGUUAUUAGGAAAGAUUGUCAGAACAGGUAGAUUCAAAUAGACUUCAUACAAAUCAGUUUUAAGACGACCCUUUUUGGCAUUUGGCAAACUCAUCUUCUGCAGUCUGGCAUUUUCUAUGAAUUGAAAUCAAGUCUGUAGAGUAAAAGGGCCUUCCAAAAGGCACCAAGAGAUACACAAACAAAUCCAAAGGUAGAAAAUUGAGUAUUUGCCUUCAGCAACUUUCCUCCACAUGCCUUGAGGGAUGUGGCGGUUAGUUCAAAAGCGCACCUUUCAAAUGAAAGGGAUAUACUAGGUCUAUUGCAGCACCUUCUGGGGCUUAAGUUGUUAAAUGGUUUAUGGAAAUCUGCUAAGUAACUGCUAAGUAGAUGUUCCCAGUUGCUGCUGUUUUUCAUAACAACUGUGGAACUUUGUCCAAGAAAGAAUAUGUCCCAAGACAAGUAGACCAGAGACGUUUGAAUGGACAUCCUUGGUCCCCUUCUUCCUUAAAACAAGUGGAAUUCAAUCUACACAAAACAAAUUUAACUUGUCCUAUGUCUUUUCUACAGUAUUAGUUCAUCUUCUGUUUUCUUAGUGUUAAUAGGAUAAUGUAAUCAGUAAGGCAGAACCCAAUAUCUGUUGUUGCAGCCGAUCUUAUUUUUACCGCAGAGGUCAUUGGCCAUAUUGAUGGUAAUCUGCCACUUCUCUGUAGGUUCUACCUCAUGACUGAAGACAGAAUAAUACAAAAUAAUAAUCAGGCUUUUCAUGCUAUUUAGAUGUGUUGUCACUGAACUGGAAAGCUCUAUUGCAGUGUUGUGUAGAUACCUAGGACAAUUUGCAGAAAUAAAAACAAAACUCUCAGUGUGACAUUCAGUUGGCUUUAAACUUGAUGUAAAGCAGCUUGUUCCUUUCUUCCUGUAGUUAAGACUGGGAUGUUGAUUCUUCUCUUGUAUUUUCUAACUCAUUAGAAAACAGGAGUCUAAUCAAUCCGAUAUUAAAAUGCACACAGGAUCCAUGUGAGAGUUUGAACAUACUUGGUAAAGGGGAUGCUGACCAGGAAAGCUGUAUUCAGCAAAGCCAUUUUGCAUGCAUUGUAUACAUUCAAGUCCUCUUUUGAGGACUCAUGUAAAUAAGAGUUUUCAGUCUGUUCCUUCUGGAACAGCAGAGCCUGUUUAUUGCCCUUUACAGUUUGCUGAUACUUAUGUCCAAUGGUGAUGACCCUUAUGGCAGGAUUUUGCACGCACUGUGUAGUUGCCUUCAUGUAGACGAUGAAUCCGCUUUUCAGCCUUCCGGAAUACAUAGCCAGCUCUCUCUCUAGCAAUACAUAGGCACUGUUAGCAUUGGUGUAUGAACAAUAUAAAGGGUUCUCUUAUCUUACUAGUAAAGGCCAAAUGAGAGUUCACCACUCCAUUUAUUUUAUAUGGAUGGCAGCUGCUGCCAUGGAAGUGUCUCUUCCUUUCCUCAGCUAAGGUUAGUACUCACUGUGCUUUUUAACCAAUUUCUGAUCUUGCCCUGUUAGUUACAUAGUGCUCUUUCAGGUGGAACAGGUGCCUUUACUGGCGCCUUUUGUAGCCUGGAACUGCUGCAUGAUCUUUCUGAAAGAUUUGUUCAAAUAUUUUCCCUUGAGUAAUGGAGAGUUGCACUUUGGAUAAUCUUCGCUCUGUGAUUCCAAAGAAGACCUCUGUCAUGGGGAAUAUAUUGCAUUAGAAUUCAACACGCUUACUGUAUCUGUUUUUGCACCUUAAGGAAAUUGAAGGAAGAAAACCUUUCCAGGUUUCUGCUAAAAGCUGGUGGAGACUGAAUGUUAGUUUCAGUUCUGGACCCUUAUCCUUUCAGCAGCUGUGUUUCCAUGUGCAUCCUGUUCUUUCACAGAAGACCAACUUAUAAAUUGAAUCAGAGUCCAGUUGCCUACCUGCUGCUCACAGGUUGAAUUUGCUGGUGUGCUUUAAGAGGCCAAAAAGAAGUUCCCACUGGGAAAAAGUUCCCGCUGGGGAAAGGCAUUUUAGCUAGCUAAGAUCUGGUUUGGGAACUACACCAGCAGCUUGCUGCGAGCCCGUGGAGAGCACAAUAUGUUCUGCGGCUAUUGGGAUAUACAUGGAGGUGCAGCCUGUGGGGAUGUGUUGUUCUGCACCAGUGCAAGGGACCCUGCUUUAUUGCUUGCUGGAAAAGGGUCUCAAUAGACAGUUUACCUUUUAAGCUUAAAAAGAGAGGCAAGUUUUGUUGCUUUCAGGCUUUUUUUUUUUUAACUUUCUGGUUGAGGGGAGGGGGAGAAAGGCUCUAGGCUUAUGUAUUUUGCUUGUUUUACAUUAAGUCUGGAAAGAGUCAUUCAUCAGGUUCCGGCUUUGGUUGUAUUUGUACUAUUACUGCAUGCUUAUCUCAGGAGCAAACUGUUGUUUUUAUACUUUGAAAAGGGUGGGUGCAGAAUGGUCUCUAUGAGAACUCUUUGAAAGGGAAGAAAUGCUACAUACUGGGAGAGCAAGGAGCAGAAUUGCACCACAGGGGAGUGGUUUCCAUCUGUCCCUUUUGACUUGUUGGGAGGGAUGCCGCAUCGUAUUACAAACUUCUAGUAUAUUUUCCAUAGUCUAUUUCAGUGCUUUUGGGCAUGAGAAAUAACAGUAUCUUACUCCAUUCACUGCACCUUUAGCUCUCCUGUUGUGUAUAAAGUUGUAUGUGUACAUAAAUAAACUGUGGACAUUUAUUGAA